AUGAGAGGCAGCAACCAGUCGAGUGUCUCUGAGUUCCUCCUCCUGGGGCUCUCCAGGGAUCCCCAGCAGCAGCAGCUCCUUUUCCUGCUCUUCUUCACCAUGUACCUGGCCACUGUCCUGGGGAACCUGCUCAUCAUCCUGGCCAUCGGCACAGACUCCCGCCUGCACACCCCCAUGUACUUCUUCCUCAGCAACUUGUCCUUCGUGGAUGUCUGCUUCUCCUCCACCACUGUCCCCAAGGUGCUGGCCAUGCACAUACUCAGGAAUCAGGCCAUUUCCUUCUCUGGGUGUCUUACACAACUAUAUUUUCUUUGUGUGUUUGCUGUUAUGGACAAUUUCCUGCUGGCUGUGAUGGCCUAUGACCGGUAUGUAGCCAUCUGCCACCCUUUACACUACAGAACAAAGAUGACCCAUCAGCUCUGUGCCUUCCUUGUGUUUGGGUCAUGGGUGGUAGCCAGCCUGAAUGCUUUGUUUCAGACUUUGCUCAUGGCUCGGCUCUCAUUCUGUGCAGACAACACCAUCCCCCACUUUUUCUGUGACGUUACUCCUCUCCUGAAUCUGUCCUGCUCAGACACACACCUCAAUGAGCUGGCGCUCCUUUUUGUCGCUGGGCUGAUAAUGAUAGCUCCCUUUGUUUGUAUCCUCGUCUCUUACAUCCUUAUUGCUUGUGCUAUCCUGAGAGUCUCAUCCCCAAGGGGAAGAUGGAAAGCCUUCUCCACCUGCAGCUCCCACUUGGCUGUAGUCUGCCUCUUCUAUGGCACCAUCAUAUCCCUGUACUUCAACCCCUCCUCCUCUCGCUCAGCUGGGAGGGACAUGGCAGCUGCCAUGAUGUACACGGUGGUGACCCCCAUGCUGAACCCGUUCAUCUACAGCCUGAGGAACAAGGACAUGAAAGGGGCUUUAAGGAGAGUGCUUACCUUGAAAUAUUUAUCUACUCAAUAG